AGCUCAGGCUCAGCCUCUAGACUCUGGGCUCUGAGUGCUGCAGGAGGGAGGGAGGGCUGUGAGGGGCCUGGGUUCUUCCCAUCUGCCUCCUCCUCAGCCCUUCACUUGGCCUGGGGUAGGGCUCCCUCUGGGGGUCUGAGGCGAUGGAGAGGGCCACACUGGCCACCUGGAAGGAGCGAGUGGAGCAGGAGCUGGACAGAGUGGUAACAUUCUGGAUCAAGUACUCCCAUGAUUCAGAGCACGGGGGCUUCUUCACCUGCCUCACGAAGGAGGGCCAAGUCUAUGAUGACCUCAAAUAUGUGUGGCUUCAGGGGAGGCAGGUAUGGAUGUACUGCCGUCUCUACCGAAAGUUGCAACGUUUCCACUGGCCUGAGAUCCUGGGUGCCGCCAAAGCAGGAGGGGAGUUCCUUAUCCGCCAUGCCAGGGUAGCCCCCCCAGCAAAAAAGUGUGCCUUUGUGCUGACUCGUGAUGGCCGCCCUGCCAAGAUUCAGCGCACAAUCUUCAGUGAAUGCUUCUACACCAUGGCCAUGGAUGAACUGUGGAAGGCCACUGGCGACCCCCGAUACCAGAGGGAAGCCAUAGAGAUGAUGGAUCAGAUUAUAUACUGGGUUCGAGUGGAUCCCACUGGCCUGGGCCAGCCUCAGCUCUCAGGAGCCCCCCAGGUUGACUCUAUGGCUGUACCCAUGAUGAUGCUAAACUUGGUGGAUCAGCUCGGGGAGGAUGAUGACCAGAUGAUUCGAAAAUAUGCAGAGUUGGGCGAAUGGUGUAUUCAGCAGAUCUUGAAGCAUGUCCAGAGAGAUGGACAGCUUGUGUUGGAGAAUGUAUCUAAGGAUGGCACAGAGAUUCCUGGUUGCCUGGGAAGACAACAGAAUCCAGGUCAUGCCCUGGAGGCUGGCUGGUUCCUGCUGCGGUAUGCUAUCCGCCAUCGAAAUCCUGAACUCAAGACCCAUGUCAUUCAGAAAUUCAUGGUGCAGCCUUUUCAUUCUGGUUGGGACAGAGAAAAUGGGGGGAUCUUUUACUUCCAGGAUGCAGAUAAAUUCUGCCCCACUCAGCUGGAAUGGGACAUGAAACUCUGGUGGCCCCACAGUGAAGCCAUGAUCGCCUUCCUCAUGGGUUACAGUGAGACCAGGGACCCCAACUUGCUCAACCUUUUCUGCCAAGUCGCUGACUACACCUUUGAGCGGUUCCCAGACACGGAGCAUGGAGAAUGGUACGGCUAUCUGAACCGUGAGGGCAAAGUGGCUCUCAGCUUGAAGGGGGGGCCCUUUAAAGGUUGCUUUCACGUGCCCAGGUGCCUCUACAUGUGCGAGGAGCUACUCAAGGCCCUCCUCCUGACCUCCUAAAGUCCAGCGCCCGAGCACCGCGGAGAGCAGAGCCCCGGCCAGCAGCCGCACCCAGAGAACUCUGCCCGGGGGAACCCAGGGGGCCUCGGCUCCUCCUCUCAGUCCCCUUCCUAAAACUCCUCAAUAAAG